GAAACCAAUUACUUCUACGAGGACUUUUUCGGUGAGAAAGAAAGUGCGAUGGCGACUGAGUAUAGAGGACAUCAAAAGUACAAUAAUAGAGGACCAGGAAUCGGUAUUGAAGGGAAACAGUGGGUUUCGUUAAUUGAUUCUUUCAUGAACUGUUCUAAUUACAUACCUAUUAUGUUUUUUCUGCUGAAACAGACGAUCGCGAAAUUAGAAGAAGAGAAUCUAGCACCGCGAUCGUGGGAACUGAGUGGGGAGGUAAACGCCCAGCAGAGGGCCGAAAACGAGUUGCUAGAGAAAGAUGUUCAGUUCGAUCAUGGAACUAGGAAAGCUCCCGAGAUAACGGAGCUGUUCACGGAGAAGCUAGAGGAAUUGAUUCGGCAGCGCAUAAAGGACAAGGCGUUUGAUGAUGUUAUCCGAAAGAAGCGAGUUGAAGAGCGAACAGAAAUUUAUAGAAAUCAGGCGAUUGAAGAACAAGAGAUGCUUAGGACCUCUCUUGCCGAAAUAUACGAGAAGGAAUACCAGAAAACUGCUGGGGACGUGAAAACCCCGGAUACCGUAAACGAACAACAUGCAGCCGUUGAGAAACAGAUGCGAGAACUGUUUCGUCUUAUCGACGCCUUGUCAAACUUUGAUUAUACACCUCCGGAAGUCCGACCGGAAAUUCGUGUGGUUUCAAAUAUGCCAGCGUUGAGAGUGGAAGAAGUGGGUAUGGUUGCAUCAACAGAUGAACAACUUCUAGCCCCCGAGGAGAUGAAGAAACCUCAAAAGGGCAACCUAAAAUCGAAAGAUGAAUUUGAUCGUACUGAUAAAUUGCGGCAGCGCAGAAAGAAGAAGAAUCGUCAGAGGUACACUUUUUCAAUGGUAGAGAUGUUUGGGAAGGAGGUUUUGGAAAACCGAAAGAAAAUGAAGAAGAGAAAAGGAUUGAGUGAAGACGAAGUCAAUGCUACUGAUAAGCUGAAGAGUAGCAACUUCUUUACUAAAUUGCAAGAAACUGUUCGAAGCGUAAUUUAG